AUGUUUUGCCAAGCAGAGAAGUGCGUGGAGUCAGCGUGUGCAGGGAUGGGGGCCUCCCCCUACCUGGCCCUGGUGGCCCUCCUCUUCCUUGCAUCAACGAUGCCCGCUAGCGCCCAGUCCGUUCUGCAGUACCACAACAGCGGGACGCGCAGCGGCCUGUAUGUGGACCCCCUAUUCAACGCCAGCAGUGCACCCACGCUGGUGCUGGACCCCACGUUCAACGUGACCAUCCCCGGCCCAGUGUAUGCGCAGACGCUGUACCUGGCCAACAGCAGCCUGGCCGGCAGGGACGUCAUCUUUGUGGCCACUGAGCAGAACCAGGUCCUGGCAGUUGAUGCUCGCUCGGGGGUCACUCUGUGGAACCGCACGCUGGCCCCCCCGGUGAACGGCAACAUCCUGCUGUGUGGCAACAUCAACCCGUCCGGCAUUACGGGGACGCCUGUCAUUGACACGCAGUACGGCAUCAUCUCGUUUGUAACUCUCACCAGUGCCAAUGGCACCCUGGACGGCGUGCGCUCCCUGGCGUGGGCGCUCUCCGUGCUAAACGGGGCCGUCAUGCCAGGCUGGCCCAUCGACAUCCAAGCAGCGCUCACCGCGCAGAAUUACACCUUCAUCUCCUCCAACCAGCAGCAGCGCGGCGCCCUGACGCUGCUCAACGGGACCGUUUACAUUCCGUAUGGUGGUCUCGCCGGGGACUGUGCCGAGUACUACGGCGUGGUGGUGGGCAUCCCGCUGCGCACGCCCAGCGCGGUCCAGGCCUACGUCUCCAACGGCUACAAGGGUGGCUUGUGGGCGACCCCGGGCGUGUCCACCGACGGGGUCAACAUUUUCGGAGCUGCCGGCAACACGGGCAGCCUUACCGGUUUUGCUGCCCCAGAAGUGUGGAGCGGCGGCGAGGCAUUGCUCCGGUUACAGCCGGGCCCUGUGUUCACCAACUCCACCCGCGACUUUUUUGCACCCGCCGAUUGGCGCGCGCUGGACGAUGCGGACACGGACAUCGGCAGCAGUGCCGCGCUCCUGGUGGACCUGCCCGGGGCAGUCCCGUCCGCGCUGGCGGUGGCCAUGGGCAAGAACGGAGUGGUGUACUUGACAGACAGGAACAACCUGGGGGGAGUUGGCGGGGAGCUCUUCCAGGCCAAGGUGAUGGCCAGCGUGAUCAUCAGCACCCCAGUGGCGUACAACACGUCCAACGGCACCUUCCUGGCCCUCGCCAGUACUCCGGGCGUGGGCUGCCCCCCCGGCCAGGCCGGGGACAUCGUCGGGCUGCAGCUGCGCGCGGGUGCGCCGCCCAACUUCACGGUCGCCUGGUGCGCCGCGUCGCGCUCCACCAGCAGGACGGCUCUCGUCGUCACCAGCCCAGGCGGCAACGGGACCGCCAUUGUGUGGGUGCUUGGCACUGGGGGACUGCGUGGCUUCGAUGGUGUGACGGGGCAGUUGGUGUACAACGGGACGGCGACCUUCCCGCUGCUGCGGUCGUGGCAGACGCCGAUUGUGGCCAAGGGCCGGCUCUAUUUCGCAGACGAUACCCGACUGUAUGCGUUCAAGCUGGCGGGGGCCCCGGACCUACCCGUCGCCAACAACAACACCAUACAGUCCCUGCUGAACGCAACGCUGACCCGGGGCCCUGUUGUUCUUCCAAAUGGGACCUUAGGAAACUUAAGCGGAACAUUGGGUUGAUCUGAAAGUGAGGUUUGGUAUAUCUCCGAGGGUUGUCAUUGAUUAGAAAAGUCGUUUAUCAGAAAUGAGCUCUUUUGCCAUAGACGCUAAUUGCUGCGAUCAAGUGGGUGAUUGAAGCGCAAGAACCAAUUCAUCCCCAGCCUAUAUAAUUUGUGAGCGUAAUUAGUCAGCUUGAUUAUGAAUUGUUGCGCUCUCAUUGAAACUUGCUUAUAAUUCGAUCUGCAAAAACUUCGGCUGCCUUCGUACAAUAGUAGGUGAGCUCGCAUUUGUAACCAGUUAUUUUCAACCAGUCGAAUGAGAACUUAACUUAAAUCCGUAGGUAGCGUUAAACUGUUUCUUCAGAGUUUUGAGAGCCACAGGAGUCUUAAACUAUAAAUGCUGAUUUGUUAAUAAGCUUCUUCUAGGCUUGUUUCCAAUCAAGGCGCAUGCAAAAC